UUCACGCGAAGCGUUGAUUGAAAAUGUGAAUUGAACCAGCGACUUUUUGUUUGUUGGUGAUGCAGCCCUAUCGCUUGCACUUGCUAAUUGACUUUCUAAGAGGUCAAACCUAAUUGUACUAUAAAAACCUGGCUCAAUUACGGGCAGUGCUCAAAUUCGUUCAGCACCUAAGGCAGAUUAGCUAAUCAUGCGUAAAAUUUGGCUGCUUCUCACGCUGCAGCUCUUAUCCUUGCGCACUAUAAAGCCAGAGGAGCACAUCCUGAAUCGUUCCGCUCAAGAGAUAUCGCGCGUGGGCAUCAAGCGUGUGGCAUUCGAUGCCAAUUCCAUUGGCAAUGGCCGCAUGUACUAUACAAAUCUGGACAGAAUGCGAAACGUGAUGUUGGCGGUGCGCAACGCAUCCCUGAACGCGGCGCUGCAGCGCAUGGACCAGCUGCUGGCCAGCAACAGGGCGGAGGGCAAGCUGCAGCAGGCGGUGCCCGCGGAGCAGCCAUUUCCGUGCAACCUGAGCCAAGCACGAUCCGCGCAGCCGCCCGACCACAUCUGGGAGCUGCGACCGGGCGACAUAGACAUAAUGGCCGCCUUUGGGGAUUCGGUAAUCGCGGGCAAUGGGCUGCUCUCGCAGAACUAUCUGGACAUUGUGUCCGAGUUUCGGGGCUAUAGCUUUUUGGGCGGCGGCCUGGGCAACUGGCGCACAGCACUCACCCUGCCCAAUCUGCUGAAGCUGUACAAUCCGCAGCUGUACGGCUAUGCACGCACACACGGCCUGGUGGCGGACAGGCAGAAGUCCGUGUUCAACAUAGCCGAACCCAUGCUGACCCUGCGCGACUUGCCGUACCAGGCGCAUGUGCUCAUCGAGCGGCUGCAGAGCGAUCCGCGCGUCAAUAUGCAGCAGCACUGGAAGCUGCUCAACAUCCAGGUGGGCAUGAAUGACAUGUGCUUCGAGCUGUGCUCCUGGAACGACACCGAGCAGUAUCUGCGCCUGCAGCGAGAGCAGGCGUAUCGCGCCUUCAGCAUGCUGCGGGAUCAUGUGCCCCGUUUGAUGAUCAACUGGAUUCUGUUGCCGAACCUGUACGAUUUGCUGCGUACACUGCGUGGCUUUCCCGGGCAAUGUAAUUUGCAUGUGAUCUGUUCCUGCCUGACGGUCAAUUAUCGUGCCCACUAUCCGGACGCAGUGCGUCGUUUGCAGCGCAUGCAAUGUGAGCUGGCGGCGCUGCCCGAAUUCCGGCGCAAAGACUUUGUGAUUGUGCCGCACCAGCUGUUGGCCAAUCUCAGCGGCAUUGUGUAUACGCAGGGCGGGCUGAGCACACGUUACUUUACACACGAUUGCAUGCACUUUAGCCAGCGCAUGCAUGCGAUUAUGGCCGGCGCCCUGUGGAACAGCAUGUUGCAGCCGCUGAAUGCCACGGCGGCAAGGGCUUGGCGACGUCCCCUGCAAAACAUGGUGUGCCCCAGCGCCGAGCGACCGUUUCUGCGCAUCAGCUAGGCGGAAGUCUAGAGAGUAGGCCUUAAAAUCAAGCAAAGUAAAUAAAUAAAAUAGGCAGCACGCCCCAUUCCAGCCUCUCCGGGCAACCUUGGCGGCGUCAGCUUUAUCCAUGACACUCCCUCAUGAAUCUGUAUCUUUAGAGCUCGGUUCGCUUGUGUUUUAUUGCAAUCAAUUUUUUUUAUUUCUAUAAUAUGUAUCUUGCUGUGGGCAUUAACCGAUAUCAAGUACGAUUUAAAUACAGCUGAGGCUAGACUUUUUGCACCACUUAGGCCGCAAGAUUUCAGUUCCUUUGACAAAUAUAUCUAAACAAACAAUUAGCUAUUAACAUUUCAAGUGGCCGAAAACAACUGAAACUACAAACAGCAACAAGUUGGCAGUGCCCGACUUGUAGAUACCCUAAGCUUAGCGCACAGCUGCGCCUCUUUAUAAAAAAUGUCUUCUUAAAUAACUCGGGAGACUCAGAUUUUAGAUUUAAGUGCUUAAAAAAAUCACACAAAUGUGCUUAUAUAACAAAGAAAAU